AUGUCAGGCCGAGGACCCGAUGUCAGACCGAGGACUAAAUAUCAGCCCGAGGGUCCAAUAUCAGACCGAGGACCCAAUAUCAGACCGAGGACCCAAUAUCAGAACGAGGACCAAAUAUCAGCCCGAGGGUCCAAUAUCAGACCGAGGACCCAAUAUCAGACCGAGGACCCGAUGUCAGACCGAGGACCCGAUGUCAGACCGAGGACCCAAUAUCAGACCGAGGACCCAAUAUCAGACCGAGGACCCAAUAUCAGACCGAGGACCCAAUAUCAGACCAAGUACCCAAUAUCAGACCGAGGACCCGAUGUCAGACCGAGGACCCAAUAUCAGAACGAGGACCCAAUAUCAGACCGAGGACCCAAUAUCAGACCGAGGGUCCAAUAUCAGACCGAGGGUCCAAUAUCAGACCGAGGACCCAAUAUCAAGCCGAGGACCCGAUGUCAGACCGAGGACCCAAUAUCAGAACGAGGACCCAAUAUCAGACCGAGGACCCAAUAUCAGACCGAGGGUCCAAUAUCAGACCGAGUACCCAAUAUCAGACCGAGGACCCGAUGUCAGACCGAGGACCCAAUAUCAGAACGAGGACCCAAUAUCAGACCGAGGACCCAAUAUCAGACCGAGGACCCAAUAUCAGACCGAGGGUCCAAUAUCAGACCGAGGACCCAAUAUCAGGCCGAGGACCCAAUAUCAGACCGAGGACCCAAUAUCAGACCGAGGACCCAAUAUCAGACCGAGGACCCAAUAUCAGACCGAGUACCCAAUAUCAGACCGAGGACCCAAUAUCAGACCGAGGACCCAAUAUCAGGCCGAGGACCAAUAUCAGGCCGAGGACCCAAUAUCAGACCGAGGACCCAAUAUCAGACCGAGGACCCAAUAUCAGACCGAGGACCCAAUAUCAGACGAAGUAUCAAAUUGGUCGAGGGCUGA